CCGCCUCGGUGUUCGCGCUGUUGCUCUUGCUGGGGCCGCAGUUUCGAGCUUCAGGGGUCGCUGAGCCGCUGCUGCCCUCCGUGGUCUUGGCCAUCCUGGCUCGCAAUGCCGAGCACUCUCUGCCCCACUACCUGGGCGCGUUGGAGCGGCUGGACUACCCCCGGGCCAGGCUGGCCCUUUGGUGAGCUACCCGGAUGUGGGGACCCUCUGGGCAUGCAGCCCUCAGCCUCGCGGGCUACCCUGUGGCUCCCUCUCCGACGCAUCCCGACAGGGCCCUCCCCUCCCAGACGGGCCCUCUGCCACCCCAAGCCCAAGACAGGAUCCUGUCCCCGGGGGGUGGGCCAAGGACAGACGGCUAAGCCCACAGAUUCUACUCGGGACCCCCCCCCCUUCCGGCCCUCAACAGCUCCUCUUGGGCCUCCCUUGGGGCCAGUCGGGCCCAGACCUUCUUGCCCCAGCCCUCAUCCCAGACGGAACCCAGGGGACCCGUGGUUGGCUGUACUUGAAAUGGAGCAGACUGGACGCUCUUGGGUCCCCAGGGGCCGCGCGUGGCAGGGAUACCAGACUGGAAGUUCCUGGGAAGCAGGUGUGCCACAGACCACAAUGUAGACAACACCACGGCCAUGCUGCGGGAGUGGCUGGCGGCUGUGGGGCACCACUACGCAGCUGUGAUCUGGAGGCCCGAGGGGGAGCCCAGGUCCUACCCAGAUGAGGGGGGUCCCAAGCACUGGACCAGAGAAAGGCACCAGUUUCUGAUGGAGCUGAAGCAGGAAGCCCUGACAUUUGCCAGGGACUGGGGUGCUGACUACAUCCUGUUUGCAGACACCGACAACAUUCUGACCAACAACCGGACGCUGCGGUUGCUGACAGAGCAGGGGCUGCCCGUGGUGGCCCCGAUGCUGGACUCGCAGACCUACUACUCCAACUUCUGGUGUGGGAUCACCCCUCAGGGCUAUUACCGCCGCACAGCCGACUACUUCCCCACCAAGAACCGCCAGCGCCGGGGGUGCUUCCGGGUGCCCAUGGUCCACUCCACCUUCCUGGUGUCACUACGGGCUGAGGGGACGGCCCAGCUCGCCUUCUACCCCCCUCACCCCAACUACACAUGGCCCUUCGAUGACAUCAUUGUCUUUGCCUACGCCUGUGAGGCUGCUGGCGUCCCGGUCUACGUGUGCAACCAGCACCGGUACGGGUACAUGAACGUGGCCGUGGGUCCCCACGAGGGGCUGGAGAAUGAGAAGGUCAACUUCAUCCACCUGGUCUUGCAGUCGCUAGUGGACGGGCCCCCCAUGCAGGCCUCCGCUCAUGUGUCUUGGCCCCCGAAGAGGCCCAGCAAGCUGGGGUUUGAUGAGGUCUUCGUCAUCAGCCUGGCCCGCAGGCCUGGCCGCCGCCAGCGCAUGCUCAGCUCACUCUGGGAGAUGGAGAUCUCGGGGCGCGUGGUGGAUGCCGUGGACGGCCGGAUGCUCAACAGCAGCAUCCUCAGGAGGCUGGGCGUGGACCUGCUCCCUGGCUACCAGGACCCCUACUCGGGCCGCACACUGACCAAGGGCGAGGUGGGCUGCUUCCUCAGCCACUACUCCAUCUGGGAGGAGGUGGUCGCCAGGGGGCUGGCCCAGGUCCUGGUGUUCGAAGACGACGUCCGCUUUGAGAGGAACUUCCGGCAGCGGCUGGAAUGGCUGAUGGAGGAGGUGGCCGUGCAGAAGCUGGAGUGGGACCUGAUCUACCUCGGCCGGAAGCAGGUGAGCCCUGAAGAGGAGGUGGCCGUGGAGGGGAUGCCGGGCCUGGUGGUGGCCGGGUACUCAUACUGGACGCUGGCCUAUGCCCUGAGCCUGGCGGGUGCCCAGAAGCUGCUGGCCUCGCAGCCCCUUCGCCGCAUGGUGCCUGUGGACGAGUUCCUGCCCAUCAUGUUUGACCGGCACCCCAAUGAGCAGUACAAGGCGCACUUCUGGCCGCGGGACCUGAAGGCCUUCUCUGCCCAGCCGCUGCUCGCCGCCCCCACCCACUAUGCAGGGGACACCGAGUGGCUCAGUGACACAGAAACAUCUUCUCCUUGGGACGACGACAGUGGCCGCAUCAUCAGCUGGACUGGCUCUCAAAAGACCCUGCGCGACCCCCGCCUGGACCUGGCAGGAAGCAGGGGGCACAGCCUCCAGGCCCACCCCCGGGACGAGCUCUAGGUGCAGCCAGGACUGCAGUCCGGGGCCUGGGCCUACCCGGCUCUGACUGGGCUGUAGCGGGUCUGCUUCCAGCUCUGCUUCCUCCUCCGCCUCUGCCUCAUUUCUGUCCUUAGCUGUCUCCCUCUCCAGGUCCCUGGCUGUUGCUCUAUCUGAUUGCAUCAGGUCCUCUUUCUCUUCCCAUCCAGGCGUCCACUUCAGCAAGUCCCUUCGCUGGGCCUCUGGAUGUCCUGCCCCUCAGGGUCCCUGUCCCACCAGGCCAAGUGAUGCCUCCGGAGGAGACUGACUGCUGGCAGGAGCCAGGGAGCCAGCAGAGGACUGGCUGUCACCUUAGGCUUGGCCCCAUCUUAGUCAGGAGAAACCACUCAGAGACACAUCCCCGUCCCUUCCGGGGUCACACGGCCAGAAGGCAGGGCGCACUCAGGGUGGAGGGCAGGAGGUGGCUCCUCAGCCUUCAUGCAAGCUGGGCACACUGGGGCCUGUCCUACCUGAGGACACAGAAGCCGGGUCCCUGCCCUCUCGACCUCCCCUCUUCCCCUCCCUGACUCCAGGCUGUCUCCUGGGACCUCCUCCCCAGCCAGCGGGAAUUUCAGGGAGUGGGGUGGACUGGCAGGCUGUGGCUGGCACACAGUAGGCCCUCAAUAAAAGCCAGCUGCAUUUGCACUUUA